UUAUUUAUAUCAAUGUUUUAAAAUUAAAAUAUUAUUUUUCGUAGAACAAUAAUACUAAUAUUUUGAAAUCAUAUUAGAUUUCAAAUUCCCCACCGAUUUUAUACUAAAAAAUUACGACAUGGUGGCAACUCCACCGGUAGCCCGCGCAAGCAAUGAAUUGAGAAGGUGCGAAAGAGCACACCCUAUAGCACAUGUGACUCGAGCGAGAGAGGGCGAGAAUCAGAGAGGUCGAAGAAAAACACGCGUUGCUGCGGCAGAAAUUUCUGCCGUUCACAAUAUUUUGAAAAGAAAUCCAGAUCCGACGAAAUGUCCAGCUCCGGGAGAAAGCGCAAGCAGCAGCUAAAGCCGCGGCAGGAUGAGCACCGGUCACCGUUGAAGCGGCGCAGUGUCGACAUCAAGUCGGAACCUUUGGACGCCUAUCCGGCGUUGGCCGAUUACGAUUUAAUCACUGCGGACAUCAAGCCGGAUCUCACGGAGCUCCAACUGCAGCUCGUGGUCGAGCAGCAGGUGGCCACCACCUCUAAUCACUUGGAAUUGGACCACCAAGAGAGCGAUUCCGACGAAGAUGGCUAUUCAGAACUUAACUACCAGGCGGCGGAUGUCUUCUGUCAGGACGAACCGGAUGACUACGACCCAGAAUGGAGCAACAAGCAGACGGGCUCUAGAUUGUUAUUUAAGUUCCCCACGCCCAGCCAAACUGGCCUAAAAUUUGGAAAACGUUUUCAAUGCCCACAGCACUACUUCAACCAGCUGCUGGGCAGUCGCCCCAAGUUCUUUAGUUCCCUAGCCCAAAGCUGUAACAUAAAGGGUGGAGCAUCCAAAUCCCUGUCAACUAGCGCCGAGGAAAUGGAAACCUUUGUGGCACUCUCCCUGCUUAUGAGCGAUCUGAAGCUCCCGCACGUAUCGGAUUACUGGAGUAAUAACUUGUACUACGGUUUCGUAGGUUUCACUGGAAAGAUGACCCUCGAACGUUAUCAGCAGCUUUUGCAGUGCCUUAACUUCGAUGCAUUGCAGCCACAGACGGCAAACGCCAAAGCGAAGAACUUCCCACUCCUAAACUUUCUUAACGACCGCAUGGCGGAGGUAUACGUUUGCGGCCAGCAACUGGUCCUCAAUGAACCGAUCACCUUGUGGAAAGGUAGAUUCAGCUACCAGGAUGACCUGCCUAACAAAUUCCGGACCAACUCAUUAUUGUUACAUAUGCUAACUGAACAGAGUGGCCUGGUGGUAAAGCUUCUACCGGAGAUUGUGCGCAAGGAGGAUUCUCCUGCAUGGGUGCGUAAUUCCCGGCAGCUAGUGGAACAUCGAAACGAAUUGGCCCUGAAACUAAUGGAGGAUUAUCAAGUGGGACAAACUGUGUACGCCUCAAAGUUUUAUGGUAGCUACGGCCUGGCUCAUGAGCUGGCCAAGAGAAGCACUUAUUGCACCGGACUGCUGGAUAGGAAUAGAUAUGGCAAUAGCAAGGCACUAGUGCAUCAGCGAUUGGCUUCCAAUAGUAUAUCUACCAGCUAUGCCACAUCCCUAAUGAUGGCCAAGUGGCGACGACGAGCAAAGAGCUUGUACUUUUUUAGCUCUGAUUGUUUGGCCAUUUAUGCAAAGGAGCUGUCUAUGCAGAAGACUAACGCUAGACCCAAAUUGAUCCAAGAGUUGGACUGGCAAUUGCGACCCGCCAACGAGAGUCGCCAGCACUUGAUUCACUACCAACCAGCCUGCCAGGAGCUUCCGGCGGACAAGAAGCUGUCAAUUUUCCUACUCAACAUUCUUGUGUACAACGCUUAUCUGCUAUACUUGAACGGUCAGAAUCCACGUGGUGGGCACGUUAAAAGCUAUCCGGAGUUCCGGGUGGCCAUAAUCAAGUCACUUCUAAGGGAAGAAGUGAUUAGUGAAUCCGUAUCAGUCAGUCCAAAGAAGCCAGACGAACUUGAAAAGGUCAAGAACAAGCCGGUACCUGAGGCUAAGGUCAAGGCUAUCCGGCACGAACCCGUGGUCAUCCAGCAGAAUGGAAAACCAGCCCGAAAGAACUGUCGGCAUUGCCACAAAGGCGGAAUGUUGCAGUUCAGCAAAUAUAUGUGUAACUCCUGUCCGGACAAACCGGGUCUGUGCCAGGAACCCUGCUUCAGACUGUGGCAUGAGCAGCUAAAGAAAUAACCAUAUUGAUAAUUUUGUGGACCAAGUAAAUAAAAAAAUUUUUAAGAAAGUGCCUAAUUGUUUUUCCUAUACCGAUUUAGCACUAUUGAUUGGCGACACAUUUUUGCGUAGAAACGAUUGGAUUUUAAGCCAUCAUAAUUUACGAUGUAAAUACCUUAAAAUAAAUACGACUCCCAAAAAUUCAAGUUUUUAAACCUAAAAAACU